UUUAGGUCUAAAUUCAUCGAAAUGAUCAGAAAUACCGAACAUUUGAAUUUUAGAUGGAUUAUAAAUUUUUAGCACUUUUUAGAUGAUGAUCUGAAAUCCACUGGAGGCUCCAAAUAACUCUAUAAACCAACACGAAUUAAUUGGAGAAAAAUAUUUCCAACUUUAUAGUGCCUCCAAUGAUUUAUCUCAACCUAAAUUUUAUACUCCGUUUGUGUCCACAGUCCUUAAAUUACCCGCUUAACAUGGAAAUAACCGUUUUAUACAAAUAUUUUGGAGCACCCAGGAUAAUUCUAAAUUCAUGGAAAAAAUUGAAAUCGCGCUUGAAGUUCCAAAAAUUCUUAAAAGCGAUGGUUCUCAAAUCGGUCAGUCAUUUGAACACACCAUACGAUAUAUAGAUUAAUAGUCUUGAGCCCACAUAAAGAACUAUUUCACCCCCCCCCCCCGGCCAAUCUUCUGAAACAACUUUUUUCUCAAAGGGGGGGGGGGGUCCUAAGGAACAUUUCUAGACCUUGUCCUAAAAAAAUAAAGUGGCCCUACUUAUAAAAUGGUGGCCAUUUUGAUUGACAGGUCAACCGAUGAAAUCGCAGAUUUUGCGUUUUCAACAUAGGACUUGCACGAAAUUUUUUUAACGGUCCAAGAUCGAGAGAUCAAGCAGAAAUCCAUCACCUGUCAAAAUUUCAAGUGUUAAAGUGCCUUUUUCGAUUUUUGGUGAAUUUUUGAAAAUCCAAUUUAGGCCAAAAAUGAGGAAAAAAAUCAAAAUUUUACCAAAAUUGACCAAGAAAGCUGAAAUUUGGAAUAUACUCUAUUUUCGAUAUUCCAAAUCGAUUAAAAACUGUUUCAAAACGUUUUGAGCAGUUCUGCAGCCUUUAGAAGAUCUUUGAAACUCGAAAUUUCCACAAAAUUUCAUUGAAUGGAGUUGGAAAGCCGAAAUUCAUUCUGCAAACUAAUUUCAAUACGUUACGAAGUCAACUGCAGGUGGAUUUCAAGUUGUUUUAAAGCCUUCAGUAGAUUUUUGAAAUUUGAAAUUUCCCCAAAAUGUCAUCAAACGGAGAUGGAAGGCUGAAAUUCACUCUGCACUCCAAUUUUAACACCCUCUGAAGACGACUUCAGAUAGGUUUAAGUCAUUUUGGAGCCUCCAGCGACUUUUUGAAAAUUACUGAAGUCUCCACCAGAUUUUUGAAGCUUUAAGUUCCCGCAACAUUUCAUCAAAUGAAGUUAGCAAGCUGAAAUAUAUGUACUUCGCGAACUAAUUUCAAUACGAUAUAAAGUCUACCGCAUGGUGGUUUCAAAAUUGGUUUUGACCCUUCCAGCUACUUUUUGAAGAUUUCAAUUUCCCAAAAAAACGCCAUGGGCCAUUCCAUGCCAAAUUGGCGGAUUUUUGCACGAAGGUUCUUCGAUAUUUUUCAAAAUCAGAUCAUGUGUAGAUGUCAUCAAACGAUGCCGAAUGACGCAAACCGGACAUUUUUUCGAUUUUUUUUGACGGAGCUGUGGCGCUUCAAAGUUCUCCAAGAUGGCCAAAAUGGAAAAUUUCAGUUGCAAAUUGCUCCGGUUGUACGUGCAUUAAAGAUUAUAAAUGGGCCUACAAAUGAAAGUUGGACAAUUGGACAAGCGUAUAGACAGAAAUGUGAUAUUAAUCGCAAAGAAGAAGUUAGAAUAGAAUGGUAUCACACAGAUGUUCAACCUAAGAACGAUACAUUCGAUAAGCCAGCAAUGCACACGAUAAGUAAUGUUGACUCUAGUGAACUAAAAUUUGAAAUUACUGGUGAGAAUCAAAAAGGAUGGUACACGUGCAGAGCACUCGCUAAAGACGGUGGUGAUGUGUACAAGAGUGGAUAUUUGAUCGUUAAACCUAAAGAAGAUGGAGGUCCAAGUAUCCUGUGGUCUAUUUCAGGCGGUAUUGGUUUGGCCGUAUUACUUGCCACUGUUAUGCUAUUCUUCUAUCAUAAAUUUAGAGAAAACAAUCCUAUUCCUCCAACUGCUAUGAGGCAGUACCUUCGAAGAGUUGUCAUCACAAAAAAUCUCGAUUCUGAUUCAACCUCUGAUGAAGUUAAGAAUAGAAUUGAUGUUCGGUUUGAUUAUUAUGUGGCUCCUGAGAAUUUCAUCAAGGAAGGCAAUCAAUGCUACGAAUUUCAAAAAGAUGAAGAUUGGGAUAUUCCCAGUGAACAUGUUAGAUUAUUAGAUGGAAAACCUCUCGGUGAAGGAAAUUUUGGCAAAGUGUACAAAGCAGAAGCUUUUGGAGUUUUGAAACCUGGAACGUUCACCACUGUUGCUGUGAAGACGUUGAAAGAGGGAUACAAUGAAGAAGCUGUGAAAAAUUUCGUGCUCGAAACAGAAACGAUGAAAGUAAUCGGCAAUCACAAGAAUAUCAUCAAUUUACUGGCCGUUUGUGUGGAUAAGGGUGAGAUGAUGGUUAUAAUGGAAUACGCAGCUCGAGGAAGUUUAUUAAGUUUGCUUAGAACUCAAAACCACGUGUUGGCUAAUGAAGAAUAUUACGCCAUUUCGGGGAAUAAUUUAAGCGAGUCGACAUUACUCGGAUUUGCUCUUCAGAUUGCCGAAGCUAUGGAAUUUCUGGCCUCGAGAAAGUGUAUACACAGAGACUUAGCUGCUCGUAAUGUUCUUGUGACUGAAAAUUACGUAAUGAAGGUUGCUGACUUCGGAUUAGCUAGAAAUGUGCACGAAAAUGAUUAUUAUCGUUUUUUAAGCGAAUGUAAACUGCCUGUCAAAUGGAUGGCUCCUGAGUCCUUGUAUCAACAAAAGUACACGACGCAAUCGGAUGUAUGGUCCUUUGGAAUCACCCUGUACGAAAUAAUGUCCCAGGGAACCCCACCAUACCCUGCGUUGUUGGCCACUGAAGUAAUAAAACAAGUACGCGAAGGUUUACGUAUGGAUAAACCUGAUUUGUGUUCAGUACAAACUUAUAAACUAAUGCAAGAUUGUUGGAGCUACCGUCCCGAAGACCGACCAACCUUUACCGAAAUUAAAGAACGACUGGCUGAUCUGAUUAGUAAUAUGGAACAAGUAACAGAAAAUUUUCAAAUGGACUCGUCCAGUUCGGAAAGCGAAGAAGAACAACUCGAAUCUUCUUUGUACAAUGCCCCUCUGAUAUAUUCAGUCUGAGUAUGCUGAAUGAUUGUUAUGAAGACAUCUCGUUCCAUGUUCCAUCUUCAGAACGAUACCAUAACAUCCUGUAAUUUUUGCAGAAAUUGAAAAAGAAAAACAGCUGUAGGAAAAAAUUGAUGGAUAAAAUAUAUAAAAUAUGAGUAGUGAAAAAAUUGAGGGAACCUCCACAACUCGUCAACUCCGAUCGAGCUGUUUGGCUCUUGCAGAUCGUGUCACCCACACCUGAGAAUCAAAUUUUCAGCUGUCGAAGUUGAGUAGGGUACUGCGCUUUCUGGGGCAAUUAGAAAAAUUUCUGGAGAAAAUUCAACUCCUGCUGGAGGAUUUAGAUAGACCCAAAAAUGAUAGAAAUCGAUUCGUGGCUCGACUAUUGGGGAUAGGUGAAGUUUCGAGCAAUUUCUUGCGAAAAUUGACGAUUUUGGAAUUUUUAAACUUGCAGUUUAUUCAACUUUUAAAAAAAAUACAUUUUUCAAAUCGAAGUCAAGGACCAAUAAUAAUAAUUAGAUACGAUCUAGAAGAUUUUUUCAGGUGUUUGAUGAAAUGGCGAAAGUGGCGAAUUUCUUGAAUUUUCGAACAUGCUCUUUUUCAGACAUUUUAUUCUGCAUGUGCCCCUUCAAUUCAAAAGGUAGGCAAAAAUUCAUAGUUGUACGCAACAUGAGUUGCCUACACUUACCCAGAACUGCUCAAAAUGGUUCGAAACCAUUUCCAGCCAAUUGGGGAUGAUCCAAAGUGAGGUACAUACCAAAUAGCUUUUCCAGCUUAAUUUGGCCAAAUUAUAAUUUUUUAGAAUUUUUGAAAAAAAAUUUGAUUUUUUAGAAUUUUUGAUGAAAAAUUUGAUUUUUAAAAAUGCAUCAAAAAUUGGUAGACAUCUGAAAUUUUGGAUGGUGAAUGGUGAUGCGUUUUACAUGUGCUUUGUUAGGUUGAAAAAUUUUUCUGCCUGUUAGGAUCCCUUCUUUGUAAGUUUUUUUCAAGAAUGUUCAUAUUUUUUUUCAAUUUCAAUCUCCAGGUGUUUUUAUUUUUUAUUCAAUUUGUUUAAAAUGAGAAAUACUUAUUGUUGUAUACAAACUGUGUACCAACCUACUUAUUUCGUUAUGUUUAUACUAUCUAUAAAAUUAUCGUUUUGAACCAGUUGGCCUGUUGCCAAAUAAAAUUUAACGCGUCUCUCGCUUAAUUCAACUCGUUCCUCGUCUGUACAUACUACAUUGUAGUUCAUUCUAAUUGUUUCUCUCUCUGUGUAAUCGUUAUAAUUUUUGUCAUGUUUUUUUCUUGAUUGAUGAAGCAUUUAUUAAUUAAUUUCUCUGUAAAUAUUAUGUACUCGUAAAUACAUUCGUUUGCUAUUGCUUUUGUAACCGAG